UCGGAAGGGGGCACGCCGGACACAGCCACAUGCGGUUUGUGGUCGCAGCAGCACUAGAGAUGGAUUGUACUGCAGGUCCCUGAAAGAAUUUGCUUUAUGUGGUGAAAGUGCCCCUUUUUUUGAAGGAGCCUUUUAGCUAAAGCAAGAAAACAUCCUGUAAAACUACUGUUGUAUUGUUCUUUGCGAAGUGAGUGCCAGCAGCUAUGCGGCUGGGCAGGGCCAGUUUAGAGGGGAAAAUGGAGAGGUGAUGUUAUGGAUCUCAUUCAAUGAGUACAGCGUGGAGUCUAAACUAAUGCCGAUGUAAAAUAUACAGCCUUCUGCUGAGAAAAUUACUUGAAAAAGCCAAACAAAUGAAAAAAAAGAACACCAACCCAGAAAAUCUUACAGGCCAGCCGACAGGGAGCUUCACUAAAUUGUGGAAAUACUAAAUGACAAGAAAACUGCUUUUCUACGUAAUGAAAGCUGGAUAUUUUGCACUCUUACUUUUAUUAUUCCAGAUAAGAUGGUCUUUGAGAACGAUUAAGUUCCAAGUUGCCUCCCAUUUAAUGCCCAGCUCCAGUAUAGGUCAAUUCAUGAUUUAAUUCCGUGUUUCUAGUAAUAUCGUAAAUGCUGUUAACACCUAAAAAGCUUGUAACACUGGCUUCUUGCUUCGUGAGUGGUGAUAUGGCUUUCCCUACACAACUAAUGGGCAGCCAAAGCAACACUUGUCUGUAGGGUGGUGACUGUACUUGUGAACCUGUUGGUGUUCUUGUCAGGUAAUCUCUACAGCAGGCACAUCCAGGUAGAUGGAGAGAUGUUGGCCAUCCAAGUGCAAGACACUCCAGGAGUUCAGAUCCAUGAACACAGUCUGGAUUGUAAUGAGCAGCUGAACAGAUGCAUUCGCUGGGCAGAUGCCCUGGUGAUUGUCUUCUCCAUCACUGACUAUAAGAGCUUUGAACUACUCAGUCACCUCUACCAUCAUGUUCGACAGCUGCAUCCAGGGAACAUGGUCCCUGUCGUCAUUGUGGCAAACAAAGCUGAUCUCUUGCAUAUCAAAGAGGUGGAGCCUCAGCAGGGACUUCAGCUGGCCAAUAUGCUGGGCUGUACUUUCUAUGAAGUAUCUGUCAGUGAAAACUAUAACAACGUCUUUAAUGCCUUCCAUCUCCUCUGUAAAGAAGUCAAUAAACAACAAAUAACCAGCACCCCUGAGAGGAGGAGAACCUCUCUUAUUCCACGGCCAAAAUCACCCAACAUGCAGGAUCUGAAGAGAAGGUUUAAGCAAGCUUUGUCUGCCAAAGUGAGGACUGUCACUUCUGUUUGAUGGCACAGCCCUUGAUCUACCCAACAGUUAGUCUGAGAUUGAAACCUGGGUUUUUUAACACUGGCACAUGUAGAAUCCAAGGCAUUGUGCAAGGAAGAUGGUUUGAGUAACCUUUUAAAUGGUAGAAGUCUUUAAGCAGUUGCUUAAAAAAGGAACAGUAUCAGAUUAGAAAAGGAGGAAACAAAAACCUACUAAAACCUCCUGAAAAAGUUCUAGGAUGUGACUUGCUGAACAGGUAUUUUCAUUUGGAAAGUGAACUUUUCAGUAAAUGAAACAAUUUGCCCUUUCCCCAGCUGGACAGAUUUGGCUUUCAUUUGUGCAGAAACAACCUUUUUGCUGUAACUCCACUUGAGCAGGAAAAUGCCCUGAACUGCAGGUCCCUGUUCAGAAGUAACCACUUGAGUUUUGUUCUCACAUGGAUGAAGAAAGGCAUGAUGCAACUGUUUAAUUUUGUUGCACAGUAGAACUGGUUUUCUUUGUGUGUAUUUCAUAACAAAUAAGCAAACAUCAAACGUUUCUGUAAAAAUAAGUGUAAAAUAAGUGGACAGGACUGAGCAUCAAGACUGUAAACAAUGGUCCUUUAUUUUUUACUAGCCAUGUUAUUGCUGACAACUUGACCAUGAUCUUUGUAUGCAAAGCUAUUGUCCACAGGGUGUAAACAUAUCUAAUUACAAACAACUCUUUUACUGUCUUAAAAAAAUACUUUCCAGACUAACUGAUCCAACAUGGAGCUUCUGAGGAAUGUGUGUGGAGUGAUAAUCUAUUACAGAUGCCAUUUUAAGACAUCCUUUUCUCUCUCUCUCUCUCUCUCUCUCCUUUGUGUUCGGUAGGCACAAAAGAACAAAAGGUGUGAAGCAUGGCUGGCUCCAGGCAAUGAAGCUGAUGGCUUGUUCUGAGCUGAGCCGGGCCCUCUUCCUUCUUAAACAAAUGGCAGAUUUAUAUAAAUACUUAAUUUUUAAAAAAAUAUUGAGCCAAUGGAGUUUAGAGCCUAAGGGCCUUACACACAUGCACUUUAAAAAAAGCCAGUCGUGCUUUUGUUUAAACUGUAACUUAUUUAUUUUGUGUACAGUUACUCCUCCUAGGGAGUGGGCUUUUCAGUCUUACUGCCUGGUACAACAUUAAAUUUUUUGAAUUGCA